GGUGGACUGGUACAGGCGGAACAAAAAGAUCCACGCUGCUGGCCCGAAGAAGGCCUUCGACGACGGUAUAUGCGAGGAGGAGUCCUCGAAGGCCGCUUUCAUGAACGACACGGACUUGUACGACUACUUGCCGCAGGACGAGUGGGUCAUUCGCGAGAAGCAGCUCCAAGACGGCUUGACUACCAGAGCUGCCAUCGCGCUGUUCGAAGAGAAAUGUGGGGACCCUUCGACCGCCAAGAGGAAGAUUCGUAAUCGUAUUUGCCUGGGUGUCUUCAAGGGCGCCCGCGUCGGGACUGGCAAGUCGCAGGAAGAGAGGCAGGCGUACAAGCGCCAGAAGAUGAUUGAGGACGCGGGCGGGGUCAGGGAAGCGGCUGCGCUUGGUGAGCAGCACUCGUCUUCAAUGGACCGCUGGCUGCAAGGCAUGAACAACCACGUCUCGUCCAACAUGCCCAUGCCCGCGGACUUGGCUGACGACAUCGACGUGGAGAUCCCCGUCGGUAUGAACGCUCCUUCAUCCAGCGGGCUCGAGGCCAUCCGCAAAGACACGAUCGUGGCCGGCCACGCCGCGGCGGCAGUCCGGGAGAUGGACGAGGCGGACUUGCACGUGGCAGAGGAGGCAAUCAAGAUCAAGAAGCAAAGCGCUGCCUCUGUUGGGCGGCCCGUCGGUCGGCCCCAGAAGAGCAGAGCCCAAGUGCUCGCUGACGUAGCCGUGGUGCUGAGGGAGAAGGCGGGGUGGCUGGGCGACGUCGCUGUGAAGUACGGUCGCGAUACCAAGGAGAUUCUCGAAGAGGCCAAGGCUACGUUCUCGAACUCCCUUCCCGAUGACCUGCAGAAGGUUGCUGACGCGAUGGAGGAUGAGGUGAAGAAUGCCGCCGAGAAGGUCGUGGAGCUCCAGAAGAAGCUGACUGAAACGAAGUGCGAGAUGCUCUGCGAGGACGGUGCAAGCUCCGAUGAUGUGCGCAAGAGGAUUGUCGAGCAGCUGCGCGUGGUCUCCACCAUCCACUCGAAGAACGUCCUGAACUCGAUCAACGCCUUCAAGAAGGCGUACGGGCUGGCGAAGAAGGAGGCGAGCAAGAAGACGGCGGACAAGAAGUCCAAGGAUAUCCCCGAGAGCCCCUUGAAGCCUCUACAGGCCUUUGCCGACCAGGAUAGCGGGAGAGGCGUUGGGGUGAUCGACGAUCUGGCGAAGGGCUUGAUGGAGCUGACGCCGUGCUUGGUGAAUGGCCCCGCCCCGCUGAUGACGGCGUUCGAUAAGCUCGCGGGCGUCAAGGCCCACUCCAAGUGGGUCCAGAAAGAGAUGAAGAAAACAAGCUUACAUGUCAUCCACUCCGACUUCAAGCCUGGAGUUGCAAGGGCAAUCGACGCGAUCCUCGUGAAGCACAUCCCGUCUUCGAAGUGCAAGCCUCCUUUCUCCGCAGACUAUUGCGGCGAUGCUGCGCUUGGCAGUCAGCAGUGGGUUUUCACCGAGCAGUUCGGUCAGAUCGGGGUCACGCCCUUCUGCGUCUCCGAUGUGCGCCUCCUCGAGUCUGGCUCGUACUUCUGCGCUGGCGUGAAGAUCGACAAG